AUGGCUGCACAACAACAAGAACUAGAUGAGAAGAACCCAUUCUAUGAGUUAGUUGUUAUUUGUAGUACUUCUGGUCAAUUUGACCAAACCGUCAAUUCGUUCAAAGAUAUUAUAAAGAAGUCUAAGUUAGUAUGUAUAAAAGACUCUGAGUUGUUAGAUUGGAUAAAGAAGUACCAAAGAAGAGUUUUGAAGUACAAUGCUAUAAAUGAGUAUAUAAAUUCGAAGUUUAAAGACCCAAAUGAGGAAAUGCAGAGAAUAUUAGAGAAGAAACACUUCAGAAACAAACAGAAAGAGAUAGAAUACAUUUCGAAGAAAUUGCAAUCGUACGAUUGGAAGACUUACCCUCAUAGAUGUCUUCUUAUUUUAGAUGACUUUGCUUCUCAUCCUUUGUUAAAGAACAGAGAACAAGAUAUGUGUCGAAUUCUUAAGAAGCUCAGACACUUUAACAUCUCAGUUGUCAUUUGUGUACAGACAGCAAAGAGUUUAAGUAAGGAUGUUAAAAGAAUACUUACUGAUAUCAUACUUUUCCCUGGAUUGUCCGAAGACGAUUUCAUGGAACUUAUGAAAGAGUCCAUGGCAGGUAAGUUUGACAGACAUGAACUAUGGGAGAAGUACAAAGUCAUACAAGACCCUCAUACUUCUUUCAGAAUUCAUAUCUACGCAAACAAAGUUCAAAUUGUAAAAAGUCAAUAA